CAGUGCAUAAUAAUAAUAAUAAUAAUUAUUGUAAAUUUUAUAAAUUGUGGUGUUGGUCUCCAUUAUAAAACAUUUACCGGCAAUAUUAUUAUUCCUUCGAAAUACUAUUUAACACCAAAUCGACCGACGCCACGCCACGGUUUCAAUCGCUUCGAGACCUACACUGUUGCUAUUUGGUUCGUUUAAGUCAUGGACACUUUCGAUGAAGCUAAUUGGACGACGGCCGUCAACGAGUCGAGCAUCAACGGGACGGCCGCGUUUAUAGUUUUCGACAACAUCACAGACAUGGCGACUUACUGCCAGCAAAGGCCCUGGGCGCCGGCCGACACCGCGUUCAAAUGGGUCGCCUUCGCAAUGGCUUUCUUGGUGAUCCUCGUGGGUUUGGCCGGCAACGGGCUGGUGUGCUACUUGGUCACGUUCUCGGCGAAAAUCAAUUCGCUCAUCGAUAUCUUAAUCAUGAACAUGGCCGUUUCCGAUCUGCUCACGUCGUUCCUGUACAGUCUGCUGGUGGUCUAUGUGCUGGCAAUUGGCUAUUGGCCGUUCGACGGCAUAGUGUGUACUAUUUACGCUUAUUUAGUCGUCGUUUUCAUCCAGGUCAGUACUUACACAAUGGUGGCUAUCAGCAUAAAUAGAUACAUAGCGGUGAUAUGGCCGUUUUGGACACGAACAAAGAGUAACCAUACAAAAUCCAUCAUUUUUUUUGUAUGGUUAAUCCCAAUAGUGAGUUCGUAUCCCAUAACUUCCAUUACCGAGCUGAAUCAACCGUCUGCCUGGUACAAGAAAUGCGGUACGUUCAUAUGCUAUUCGACGUAUAAGAACCAAAACCUGAAACUAGUGUACAAAGAAGCGUUGACGACACUGCACGUUUUCAUACCGAUAUCCACAUUGAUCUUCACUUACUCCAGCAUUGGAGUGGUGCUGUGGCGGAAGAAGACCCCCGGCGAGGCGCAACACCCGGGAGACUUGCACGCGGCGAGAUCAAAAAUAAAAAUGAUAAGAAUGAUAAAAAUGAUGGUGAUCGUCGUCAUAGCGUUUGCCGUUUCUUGGACGCCGUUCAGCACUUUUCUGAAAAGAGCAACCGUCGAGCCGUCCAUGUCGCUGAGCAUUUGGGACGACAACGCGUCCAUGUGGUUCACCCUUUACUUUUUGGGCAUGUCGCACACAUGUUACAACCCGAUCAUCUACUAUUGGAUGAACAAAGAUUACCGACAAGGGUUUAAGGCCGUGUUCAGCCGUGUCUUCGGACUUUGUACGUGUUUCGGAAAUGUUCGUCGACGUCUUUUGACCACACAAGGAUCACAGCAGUCCCAGCAAAGUCAGUUCAUCAAGACUUGA